CCUACGGUGGAGGCUGCGAUCUAGCGACCCAUCGCCAGCAACGGCUCCCUGUGCGGCGACCAUGCGCGUGCAGUGCCCGCCAGAGGAGCCGACCGACGCCGGCGCGCCGACCGACGCCGACGCGCAGAAGAGCGCCGACCAGCCGGCGUCGCCGGCGGAGGAGGAGCGCACGCCGGAAGAAGGCGGGUACGGCCUGGACCGCACCUUCUGCCGCCACGCCUGGGCCUUGCUCAAGGUCAUGUUCCCCAGCCUCGGCUCCUUCAGCGUCUUUCAGCUGGUGGUGCUGCUCAUCUUCAGCGGGUCAGAACAGUAUGUGGUGUAUUGGGUUGGUAUCAUACCCAGCCGGUACUACCAAGUGUUGGGCGACAAGGACUGGAACGCCUUCGGCACUCUCACCGCUGAGUGUCUCGGCCUAGUGCUCGUCAUUUCGUUCGUCAAGGGGUCGCGCAUCUACAUAUCGACGAUCCUGUACGUCACCUGGCGCCAGCUGGUCGACCGCUUUCUGCACCGCCGCUACUUUACCGGGAUCAACUACUAUCUUCUCAACGUGAUGGACUCGCGCAUCGACAACCCGGUCGGGGCAACGCAGCCAUAACAGAAGACGAAUAGUUCCGGUGAUCCUCUAGCGCACACUGCGCAUCUCGCCGGUGGCGAGGCCGUUGAGACCAGGCGAAUCGGUGGAUGGAUUCGGUUUCUCGAUGGC